CUUUAGAUAAAAGCAUACCUAUUACCUAAGCAUAACACAAAAGUUGUGCUAAUUAAGCUAUCACACAUGUAUUUGGGGAUGAUGGCAGGUCAACAUAUGGGUUGGGGUUUAAUAGAAGAGGAGGGUUGGAGAAAGGGUCCUUGGACUGCUGAGGAAGAUAGGUUGCUUAUUGAGUAUGUGAGGGUUCAUGGUGAAGGCAGAUGGAACUCUGUGGCCAGACUUGCAGGACUGAAGAGGAAUGGAAAGAGCUGCAGACUGAGGUGGGUAAAUUAUUUGAGGCCAGACCUUAAGAGGGGGCAAAUUACUCCACAUGAAGAGAGAAUAAUAGUAGACCUACAUGCAAGAUGGGGGAAUAGAUGGUCAACCAUUGCAAGGAGUUUGCCUGGAAGGACUGAUAAUGAGAUCAAGAACUAUUGGAGGACCCAUUUUAAGAAAAAAGCAGCCAAAGCGGCUUCUGAUGCCUCCGAGAAGGUGAAAACUCGCCUUUUAAGGAGGCAACAGUUUUACCAGCAGCAGCAGCAUCAGCAACUCAAUCAAGCAGAUCUGAAGAAAAUCAUGGCCUUACUGGAUGAAAAUGACAACAAUAAAAUACCAUCCUGCUGGCCUCAAGUGAAGCCGGAUUCGGAGACUUCUACUACUACUGUAUGCCCUCACACAGCUGAUCAGGAGCAAGGAUUCUUCAGCUCCAUGCUACAUGGCAAUGUGUAUGUGCCUGAACCUGCCUCCACUAAUGAGGAAAAUUUUCUGUGGGAUGGUUUGUGGAACUUGGAUGAUAUCCAUGGUAAUUUUAACCCAACUUCAGCUUGUGCAACAGGAAAAACUAGUUUGCACAGCAACCUGGUGGUUCCCUUCUGUUGAAUUUGAGCAGACUUUGAUUUUUCAGAAGUGUAACAAGCGGUGUGAAUUUUGGGUUGUAAAAAAUCAUGCAAUCCAAGGCUACCUACUUAUUUACCAUGCUUUUUGCUUUUAUUUUAAAAUAAUGGCCCACCAUUUUAACUA